AUGCCAGCGACAGAAGCCGAAUAUCACCAGAUACAUCAUGUUCCGGCCCGCCAACCGACUGCGAUCAUGCCUCGAGCUCAGGAAGAGCGCCCGCAGAGGCUGGUCAAGCGCUAUCGCACCGAGAUCGCCGCCAGCACGUCGAGUAUGUUCUCGACUGUCCUUGCAUUUCCCCUCGAUAGCGUGAAAACGCGAAUGCAGACCUACCGAUACGAAGGCUUCCUCGAUUGUGUGACGCACACAUACCGCACCGAGAAGUUGAGAGGCUUCUUUCGGGGCGUCCUCGCCCCAAUGGCCAGCAUCACACUCGUCCGAACCAUGUCCUUUUCGAUUUACCAACGCGCCAAACACAAUUACUCGGGCUGGGUUAAGAACGCCCUGGGAUUCGACGUGCUGCAGCAUGUGAAUCAGAAAGGCACAUAUCCGAAUCUGUACUCCAUUGCCUGUUUUGGAGCCGCCGGCGCCACUGCCGGCUCAUGUAUCACGCUUCUCGCCUGCCCUUUUGAGCUCACCAAGCUCAGCGCGCAGGUGGCUGUCUUGUUGUCAGACCAACAAAAGCUCAAGGAAGCAAAUUGCCGCGCCACCAAUGGCCACCAGGUUGCAGCAAGCUACCAAAAUAAGGGCACUUUCAAGACCAUGCGCAACAUUGUUCGUCAUAGGGGUGCUCUGGGGCUUUACACUGGCUUCAACUUGCACUUGUUGCGAGAUACUUUGGGUACGGCCAUUUACUUCAUGGUCUACGAGAGCGGAAAGCAGCUCGGAACUACCUUUGGUGGUGACCACCCGACGACUAAUAAGUUCGCGGUUGUCAUCUCUGGGGGCAUGUGCGGGAUAGUAUCCUGGGCAAUGAUAUACCCCAUUGACUCGGCAAAGAGUAUCUACCAGCGAAACUCUCUCUUGUACUCGAAAGGGCAACAGGUUGAGCCGCCGCCGAAGAUUGAAUUCUUCAAACGAAAUAUGUAUCGCGGACUAGGGGUUUCAAUGGGUCGCUCAUGCGUCGUCAACGCCAUCUUUUUCUCCGCUUUCGAAUUCACAAAAAAGCAUCUCAACUCCCUGGAUGACAACUAA